GGAUCAGUUGGUAUCCAUAUUUCCUUUCGGAGUGACAGCCAAAGCUUGUGGAUUCUCUGUUAAUAGAGCUGUGGGAGCAGGCCAGAGGAGGUCUUCAGACUUUUCCACGCCUACCGCUGAAGCAUGUCCGGCCUGAGGCUGUACCGCUAACUCCACUAACUCCACGAGUAAACCUGCUACCCCCCGUGUCUCUGUGUCCAGGGGACGACAGGAAUAUUUCUCUUCAGCUUUUGAGACGAAUUGGGCCAAAUUGGAAGGAUGUUGAGGAGAUAAAUGUAAUUGUUUUGUCUUUUGCAUUCUUGGAACUCUUUGCAUUCAAGGGAAUCUUCACAUGGUAGAAUGGAUUUUCAGUGAAAGCAGGGCGUCCAGAAGAGGACCUAGACAGUCAACUCAGCUGCAGUCAACACAAAAAGGAAAGCCUGUUGGUUACCACCAGCCCACUUGUGCUCCAUCUCCUGUUCUGUGCAAAUAUCAACCCCAUCGGCAAAAAGAGACAAAUUUCUUCACACAGGUUUUUCUGUUUGCUAACACUGACUGCUCAGCGUGAGACGCUAGGCGAGAGAACGCCAGAACGCUGGAUGAGCAGAGUGCCUGUCCGGAGCAGGGUGGGGAGGCACCACCAACACCUGCGCCGACCCAGGAGAUGACAGACCUCCUGGGGCAGGGGAACCAGGGACCACCAGUUUCCACUCUGGAGCUUUUAGUGGGGUGCGAGCAACCGUAUUCUCUGGGAACAAACGCCAACACGGCCAGCGUUUGCCGCCCGGGGACCAUGGCCAUGUCACCCAAGCGUUCCACUAUUUACUGCCAGCAUGGUGAGGGGUCGGAGGUCAUGUACCGCUCCACUCAGUUCAACAUGGACUGCUUGGACGACUUUGAAGAGUUUGUGUUGGAUUUCGACGACUAUGACCUGCUGGAGUCCAUCCAUGAUCACCUGGGCACCCCCACGGACCUGGACACCCUGGAGCCCAUACGUCACAGAUUUGAGGACAACCCUGGGGUGAGGCGCCAUCUGGUCAAGAAGUCAUCCCGAUGCCAACUCCCACGGACAAGUGUCAGCUCUCCACCCAGGUCUAGUUUCAAAAGGAAAAAGAGGGCGGCCAACAGGAAGACGCAUGAGGUGUUUGUGGAGCUCAACGAGCUGAUCGUGGAUAAAAACCAGGAGAUGCGUUGGAAGGAGACGGCCCGUUGGAUUAAGUUUGAGGAGAAUGUGGAGGAGGAGACGGACCGCUGGGGAAAACCCCACGUGGCCUCGCUGUCCUUCCGAAGCCUCCUGGAGCUCCGCAGAACCAUCACGCAUGGUGCCAUUCUGCUGGAUCUGGAUCAGAACACCCUGCCCGGCAUUGCCCACCUGAUGGUGGAGACCAUGAUCAUCUCGGACCAGAUUAGAGCGGAGGACCGUGCCAACGUGCUGCGAGCCCUGCUGCUCAAACACCACCACCCCAACGACGAAAAGGAGGGCCUCUUUCACCGCAACCACUCCAGUACCAGCCUUCAGACCAGCUUCAACCGUAACCACAACCAUGUCCCGGAGACCGUCCUGCCCCUGGUGGGCGUCAACCUGGCCGAGGCCCACCACCACCACCUCCAUCACCUUGACAACAAAGCCAUAGAGAAUGACAAAGAGGUGUUUGUGAGCUUGUUUAAAGCUCUUCACCCCCCCCUGCCGAUUGUCCUUGACCAUGGGCUCACCAAGCACUCCAAACUCCUAGCCAAGAUCCCCAGGGACGCCGAGGCUACUGUGGUCUUAGUGGGCUGUGUGGAUUUCCUGGAACAGCCAGCCAUGGCCUUCAUCAGGCUGAGCGAGGCCGUGUUGCUGGAGUCUGUGCUGGAGGUGCCUGUGCCGGUCCGUUUCCUCUUCGUCUUGCUCGGACCCGCCCAGGCCAACAUGGACUACCACGAGAUUGGACGCUCCUUCUCCACCCUCAUGUCCGACAAGAACUUCCACGAGGUGGCCUACUGUGCGGACGACCGGCAGGACCUGCUGAACGGGAUCAACGAGUUCCUGGACUGCAGCAUCGUCAUCCCCCCGUCGGACGUGGAGGGCAAGGACCUGCUGAAGACUGUGGCCUCCUUCCAGAAGCAGAUGCUGAGGAAGAGGAAGGAGAGGGAGAACAUCAAGAAGUGCCUGGCCCUCUUCACCCCCGGCACGGACCGGGAGACCAAAGAGAUGAGUCAGGAGGACCAGGAGGAGGAGGAGGAGGAGGAGGACCAGGAGGUGGACCCAAUGAAGCGGUCGGGCGUCCCCUUCGGAGGCCUCAUCCAUGACAUCAAGCGGCGCUACCCGCGCUAUGUCAGCGACAUCAAGGACGCCCUGGACUCGCAGUGCAUCGCCGCGGUCAUCUUCAUCUACUUCGCCGCCCUCUCGCCCACCAUCACCUUCGGAGGGUUGCUGGGAGAAAAAACAGAGGGCAUGAUGGGAGUGUCUGAGCUCAUCAUCUCCACGGCGACCCUAGGGGUGCUCUUCUCACUGCUGGCCGGACAGCCACUUCUCAUCAUUGGCUUCUCAGGACCCCUGCUAGUGUUUGAGGAGGCUUUCUAUAAGUUCUGCCAGGCCCAGGGCUUUGAGUACCUGACUGGCCGGGUGUGGAUUGGGUUCUGGCUGGUCUUCAUAGUUCUGUUGAUAGUGGCAGCUGAGGGCAGCUUCCUGGUCAAAUACAUCUCACCCUUCACUCAGGAGAUCUUCGCCUUCCUUAUCUCGCUCAUAUUUAUCUACGAGACCUUCUCCAAGCUCAUCAAGGUGUUUCAGGAGCAUCCUCUGAUGAGGAACUACCCUCCAACACUCACCCUGCCUGGCAUGGACUUCAUCAGCCUGUCGGACCCCGAUGGCCCGGUGGUGAACCAGCCCAACACGGCCCUGCUGUCCCUGGUCCUCAUGCUCGGCACCUUCUUUGUGGCGUUCUUCCUCAGGAAGUUGCGCAACAGCCGCUUCCUCGGCGGGAAGGCCAGAAGAAUCAUUGGUGACUUUGGCAUCCCCAUCUCCAUCCUCUUCUCUGUGCUGUUGAGUUACUGCGUCCCUGACACGUAUACCCAGAAGCUCAACGUGCCGUCCGGUUUCUCAGUCACGUCCCCUGACAAGCGAGGCUGGUUCAUCAGCCCUUUUGGCGACCAGAAGCCCUUCCCCACGUGGAUGAUGGGAGCGUCGGUGGUGCCCGCCAUCCUCGUCUUCAUCCUCAUCUUCAUGGAGACGCAGAUCACCUCACUAAUCGUUAGCAAGAAGGAGCGUAGGCUGGUGAAGGGCUCCGGCUUCCACCUGGACCUGCUGCUGAUCGUCACCCUGGGCGCCCUGUGCCCGCUGUUAGGCCUGCCCUGGCUCACCGCUGCCACCGUGCGCUCCGUCACCCACGUCAACGCCCUCACCGUGAUGAGCAAGGCCACGGCGCCCGGAGAGAAGCCCAUGAUCCAGGAGGUCAAGGAGCAGCGGGUGACGGGCCUGGUCGUCGCCGUGCUCGUGGGCAUGUCCAUCGUGAUGACAGACGUGCUGCGUAACAUCCCGCUGGCGGUGCUGUUCGGGAUCUUCCUCUACAUGGGCAUCACCUCCAUCACCGGGAUCCAGCUGUACGAGCGCAUCACACUCAUGUUCACUCCCGCCAAGCACCACCCGGACCACACCUACGUCACCAAGGUGAAGACAUGGCGAAUGAACAUGUUCACCAUCAUUCAGCUGGCCUGCAUUGUGCUGCUGUGGGUGGUCAAGUCAACGGUGGCCUCCCUCGCCUUCCCCUUCAUCCUCAUCAUGACCGUGCCUCUCCGACGCCUCGUCCUCUCGCGGCUCUUCGAGGAGCGUGAGCUCCAGGCGCUGGAUGGGGACGAGGACUCCCCCAACUUUGACGAGGACGGUCGGGACGAAUAUAACGAAAUUCACAUGCUUGUGUAGACAGAUGUAACAGGGUGGCUCAGUAGACUCUCUCCAUCUUUCAACGUUUACCAAUCACGACCAAUAUUCUUUGGGAGACAAACCUUACUACGUCCGGGUUACUGUGUCUUUGAAACACUCAGAUGUGCUGAGACUAGGAAAUCUGUCCAACAGAGAAUCGUGUAUAUAUAUGUAAUGUGCAUACAUAUAUUACAUACAUUCUGAUCUAAAAUGCUGUAAGUAUAAAUGAAUAACUACACCAUUAUCAUGUUUUUCCCCCUCCCACUCCAACUAUUUGUAUUGUUCCAAGAAAGGUCAGUAACCGCUCUGUGUCCCUGAUGUUGCUGAGUCCGUGAGAAAUCCUAAAGUGCUUGGCACAUUUUAAUCGCAGACCGGGAAUUCAUAAACACUCAUCUCCCCAGAAACCCUGUGCAGGGUCUCCUCCCAGCCCCGGCCGUUUGGUGGCUGACCUCCCUAGACGCUUUAGUGACAAAAAACCCCAAGUGCUCCAGUAGGCCGGUGUUGUAGUCCCAUAUGUUUGGUGGGAUGAACACUGUGUGUACAAUAGCCACACUGGUUUCACCGGUUGCCAACACUAAACUGCCUCCUCAGUGUAACUGCCUCUUCCCGGUCUUGGUACUGUAAGCAUCAUGCGUUUUGAUGAUGUCGUUAAACCAAACAGGAGGUUUGGAAUGUCCCUUGUGUCUACUUUUAGGUUGUUUGCUCUUGGCAGGGAACAUUCACCCUUGACAUUUGACCGCAAUUUGCGCUGCCACACUGUGUCCGUGGUCCAAGAGCAGGACGACCCUUCAGUGACCCCUGUCAACGCUGUUACCCCAAGAAACGAACAUGCACUUAUGACUGCCUAUGUGUUUUGUGGAGGCGUUAACUUCUUGAGGUACGUUAGGUCUGACCGGCCAGUCACAGGAUUCUGGAUUUGACUGUGGACUGUGCAAGAGCAAACACCUCCUGAUCUGAUGACCGUAAACAUACUUUAUAUUUUGUAUUUUUGUGACUAUAAAAAAAUGGAAUGUUGUUAAUAAACGUUGUUAGUCGCUUAAAUCCUAUAAAGCCAUAUUGACAUCUGGGAUGUUGGAGGAAUGUGAAAACAGUUAAACACGAUUCAAAAAAAGGUGACAUCGCUGGGAUUAUGACACAGGUAUCAACAUCACCCGCUGCUGUUACGUAAAUGUUGGAUGUGAACGCUACCGUAGCUUCAGGUAGAAGUAACCUUUAAACUGCAAAUAGAUCGUUGACCACCGGUUUGUUGAGCCCUGUUGUUUGAAGUUAUACAAUUGGUUGUAGAUCAAGGUUUGUAGUUCAAAAGUGGUCCUGUACGUCUGACCACAGUGAAUGGACUCAACACUUAAGUCAAGCUCCAAAUAUAAACACCACGUGGACUGUGUCUCUGUUUAAAGUAUACAUUAUCAUGAAGAAAGCUGGAGAACCAUAGAAGCCCAUGUUUCAAAUGUCAAAACAUCUGUUCAGUUUCAGGAAACUGUUAAUUACAUGAUGUGUUAAUGUACCUUACCAAGUUUUUAUUUUCUAGACCCCUCUAGAGAAGUGUAAGAUCACCUGUCUGUGACUCCUGUUCUACAAACACUAGAUACCGGGGUAGUUGUGGCAGCCAACUUGAGCCCACUAUGUGAGACUUAUUGAAUGUAUAGGCCGGUCCGUCUUUAGGGACGUUGUUCUGAUUGUCACUCUCUGCUUUGUCUACACUGUGUGCUCUGUGUCUCCGUGGUUACCACACAAAACUGGAGCUGUGCCAGCGUCAUUGGAUUGGAUUCUGAAGGAACAACUGAAGUCAACAGAGUCGUGGGCCAAAAUUGUUGUGAAUUGCUCCGGGAUUGGAGUUAUAGUGGCAGAGCCCUAUACCGGCAGGGCCCUAUAACGGCAGGGCCUUAUAACGGCAGGGCCUUAUAACGGCAGGGCCCUAUAACGGCAGGGCCCUAUAACGGCAGGGCCUUAUAACGGCAGGGCCCUAUAACGGCAGGGCCCUAUAACGGCAGGGCCCUAUAACGGCAGGGCCUUAUAACGGCAGGGCCCUAUAACGGCAGGGCCCUAUAACGGCAGGGCCCUAUAACGGCAGGGCCCUAUACCGACAGGGCCCCUGGCAUGUCUAAGCCAAAAAGGUUUGCAGUUACCCUGGCGGAGAUCCAUGUGGAUCAUGCCACAGCAGGGAGGUUUGGUGGUGGUGGUGUUUGGGGGUAGCUGUGCUCAGCUGAACGAUCACUCAGACGCUGGGCGAAAACAAAUGAAAAGAAUUGGGAGUGUAGCGAUGCCAGGUGUAGCGUUGCCCCAUUCUCCUCUUCUGUCUGGAUUCCUUCGGCGCUGGAACUAGAACAUGAAAACAGUAAUGGGCCGGUGAAAAGGACCUGGCACGUUAGAGGUUGGGAAUCCACUACGUACCGUUGUCUGAUACCUCCAUGCUAGAGCAGACCACCCACUCAAACACUAGAAAUAUAGCCCUGUUGUUUUUGAACAGCCACUAAAUACCUUUCUCUCCUAUGAUUGAGCGUUUCUGGGGCCUCUUCUCGUUAAUUUUAAUCGGAUGAGAAUGGACAGUUUUUGUUUUGUUUAGAAUGUUCAUAAGGCCGUUAAGGAAUAGACAAUCAACUGUACAUGAAUGCAACUACAUUGCCCGUCUGUCUUUGCUGUGUAUGCGUGUGAACGUGCACACCCUCAACCAUAUGGCAACAUCCUGCUGUAAGUGCUAGUAUUCUAGUUCCAUCUUUUCUUUAAGUCCCGGACUGCAUUUUCAUUAGAAUGAAUGGGUCAUGUCCACCUACUAUCCUCCAGGUUUUUGCUGUGUAUCAAACAUGAAGUGAUAAAGUUCCUCUCCACAUGGUUUCUAGAAUUCCCUCAGAUUGUAAAAGGGAGUGGCACUAAUGACAUACAAUACUAUGUAUCCCUCAAUGAAGGACAAGGUGUUUAAUGUCACUAUUAAAAAGGUGAUCUUUCAUGUCAGAAUUUGUAUAGUUUGCACAUAUGAUACCUGUGUGUGGAAGUCAAAAACGAUGUCACAAUAUGGUAAUGUCAAAGUGGCACACCACUGGAAACUCUCUAUUUGCUCUGAAAAUAAUGUCUGGCUAUAAUGACAAAGUAUGGUCUGUUUGUCCAAAAAAAAGUGAAUUAUGAAUUACUUUAGCAUUAGCAAUACUGUGGAUACUUGAAUAGCAGUUUGGCCUGCUAUUAUUCUAUAGGAGUUUUCAAACAACUAUAUAAAAAAAGUUAUUUUUUUGUCUGAAAAUAAAUAUUUAUGUGUUUCAAAUACA